UGCGCCUAUAGCUUUACGAUUGUCGCCCUUGUUUUUGUGAUGGCCGAAAAUGCGUCAGAAUCUUCAUCUUUAAAAAAAAGCUAGUGUUUCAAAUUUCCCAGUUUACCAUUAAUCAGGGGCUGUCGAUGUCAAAAGUACUUCACAGAGUGCAGAGAAGAGGAAGUUUGAAGAGAAAGGUGAUGGCGAACCAGUGGAAAAGAAGAAAAUUACCAUGAGUUUUGGGAUAAAGAAAAAGACAGAUUUGUCAGCUAGCAGCAAAGACACAGCACAACUGAUAAAGGCAGCACCUGUCAAAAUAUCACUCUCAACUCAGAAAAAGACUGAGCCUAUUCCAGUUAAACCACAGACAGCUGCUAUCGCCAAAGCUUUUAAUCAGGAUGAGAGUGAUGACGAAGAAGAAAUGCCAUUUGAAGCCAAAAUGAGAAUGAAAAAUAUUGGCAGAGAAACACCAACAGCUGCUGGACCUAAUUCAUUUGGUAAGGGAAGAUUGGGAUUUGUAGACAGAAACAAAGCAAUAGAACGAGAUAUUCAGAAACAAUUAGAAGACUUGGGAGAAGCAUGAUUUUUUUUAUAUCUCUUUUACAUGAGCCAAACUUAUGCAUUUGUGUUUUCGCUUGCUAUAGUUCUGUUAAUAAAUGUGCAAGUGAUACUUUAAAAUAUAAAGUAGAACAUCGUUGGGAUUUAGUUUUUUAUAUUAAAAAAGAUUUAAUAUCCUCAGUGAUACACAGAGAUAUAUUUUGGGUCAUUGUAUAAAAUAUUCACAUACUUUUAACAUAUUUUUUGACUUCCCACACAUGCAUCCAAUACAAAGAAAAUAGCCAAAUUUUCCAAGGGAUGUUCCAUCAUGAAACAUACAUGGAACCCUGGGAUGGGAACUUGAAUUUGCCAUUAUGGGUUGGCGUGAAAUGAUGUGUUUUACGGGUUUAGACCUUUCUAUGGGUGGUUACCCUAUUUUCAUAUUGCCAUUCCCCGGGUUCCGUAUAUAUUUUAAUGGAUUGCAAUAUUAGUUUUGAAACAGUCUUGCAUAUAAAGAAUUUGAAUUACAUUUUUAGUAAAUUUAAAUUAUCUAGUUUAAGGAUGUACUUAGGUGAAGUUAAAAAAAUCUAGAAUUUAAAAUUGAUACUAUUAGUCAGAAGAGCAUUAGUUAGGGAACAAAAUAAGCUAAAAUUAUUGACAGGUAAUGGAGCUCCUUCUCGAGAUAUUUAAUUUUUAAAAAAUAGUGGGAAAAGGCUGACUCAGACUUUUACCUUAUAUUUGCAUUGGUAUUAUUUGGGUCUGAAAUCUAAAGAAAAGAAAUCUAGAAUCUGCUUAAAUUUUGAUAAAUGACUUUAUAUGAGCUAUUGAAGUCUUAUAUGAAAAAAAAAAUGGGUGUUAUGGGGAAAAUAUUUUACCAUGUAUCGUAGGAAAAAAACCCAGGUGUCCGAACAUCUGAUAAAAAUUCCUAAACUUGACCUAAGUACAUCCUUAAGGUGUGAUUUGAGGGUACUAGUUAGGGCUAAGUAACAAAGGAUGCAAGGCAGGUGUCCUUUAGUGUAGGACUUUUGCAUUUGAUUUAUUUGAAUUUAAAUACAAUUGUAGGAAUGAAUGUAAGGUUUCUGCUUAGUCUAUUACUAACAAGUAUUUUCAAGAACUUUUAAAUGCUGUGAAAUAUUUGUGGAAGUUUAUAAUAUAGAUGUCAUAAAUGAUUAAUAAUGAAAUCCUCUACUGCUUGUAACUGGGAUGGUUAUUUUUACUAUGUAAAUUCUCCCACACUGGUUUACAUCAUCUAUCAUCUAUCUAAAGAAUUAACAAUUAUACAAUUUAUGUUGUUUAUUGUAUGGAAAAUGUUUCAUGAAUAUUUUUAAUGCAGUGUGAUUUGCUUUUAUAUGUAACAUUAAAAUAUGUGACACAAAGAGCUUUAAAUUUAAAAUAUCACUAUAAAACAAUGAUAAAAUAAAAAUGUAGUCCUCAACUAUUAAGCAGAGCAUCAUUGAUGUGAAAAGUGUCAUGAUAAAUACACUUUUUUUUUUGUUACUGUACCUUUUGGCAAUAACAAAUUACUGAAAACUGACACAAACUUUGUUCCUUCAUUUAAAUUGUUAAUCAACAACUUUUUCAAAAUAUAGAGUGACCACUAAAGAAUUGUUUAAGCUGCAUUUUGGCCAAAUUAACACGAAAUAUCUUAGAAAAAUACGCUUUUAUGACUUUAAUACAAUAAAUUGUUUUAGCUUUUGACAAUUGAUGCACAUAUAAUUUAAUACUUCACUUGACAUGUUGAAAUACAUACAUGUGUAGUCAUAAAUGAGUGAAUUGACCAUUCAUUGGGAAAUCUGAUGAAUGAAUAAAGUAGAUUUGAGGCAUAAAUGACUUGGUUAACGUUGGGUAAGGUAUGACUAAUGAAUAUAUUUUAUCUAUAGAUUAUUGGUGUUAUUGGUUAGAUUAACAAACAAAAUAAGUAUAAGCUAUUUCUUUUAAUUGUAUAUAAACACACACACUCUAUAUAUUUAUUUGAAUAUAUGUUUUUUAAUUGACAAGUAAGCAUGUUGGAUAUAUCGUCUAUUACAGCAACUGGUAUUUCAUAUUGAAAAACAGUUAAUUCAACUUUCUAAAGCUAUAUUCUUUGCUACAUUUAAUAUAAGUAUUAGUAUUAAAGGAUUGUAGUAGACUACACAAUUACAUGUUAAAAUCAGCAUUUAUAUGUUUUCAAUGAAAGUAUAUUCUUUAAAUACAUUGCCAUGAAUUAAGUGUUAAUUUAGAUUUUAAAUCCAAUACAUGUUUACAUGAAAAAAUUAACUUUAUAUUAUUGUUAAACUACAAAACCACUCAUUCAUAUUUUAGGGAAUUAGAUAUUAAACUUGUGUAUUUUCAUUAUUACAAAACAAAUUUGUUAGAUACUUUGACUUUAGAUUUUAUUUCAAUCAUGGAGAAGUUGUGAUCUACUAUAGUUGUCAUGUAAAGGUAAUAUUUUUUAUGAAUGAAAUUGAAAAAAGUGAUUAUUGUAAUUAUUUCUUUUUCUUAUCCAAAUCUUGCAAAUUGUUGUUGUUUUGAUUAUAAAUAAAUAAAUAAAUAUCUUU